AUGUUGCCUACUUACAAGUGCCCCACCAUUCCAACCAUCCAGGAGCCGCCAAGUGAACAACCGCCCCUGGCAGACCUCGACCAUGUGCUCGAUGUCGCGACAGACCAGGCCAAUGAGCCACCACCGCGCGUCACCACCGCCAGCACCACCACCACGCGGCUGACCUCGACGAAGCGCGAUCAUCUAGGUCGCAGCAGCUAUUACCGCUCCGCCUCCCCUCAGCUGCACCACUUUCUCAAGGCCAACAACAGCCCAGCCGCCGAGAAUGAACUCAGCAGGGCCAGCCACGGCCGUGGCUCGCCGUCGAGCCGGCGCCGAUAUUCCGCUGCGGACCUCGCUCUUCUGAAGAGCAGCUCAAUUCGAGCCAACACGAGCCUUCCCCUUGAUUGUGAGGGUUGGGGCUUGAAGCACCUCUCGCCUUCGAGUGCAGCAAACCAAGCCAGGAUUCCGUCGAUUCCUGCAUUGCCUCGGUCUGCUGCCUCGCAUCGGCGUGCUUCUUUGUCGACAAUUCCCCAUUCAAACGACAAGGACGACAAGGAAGAUAGAAUCGAUUUGGGCAGAGAGGAGAGUAUUGGCUCUGGCCAUGAUGUGGCCUCAAUUCCGCCAGCAGGAGAGGACUGGCCUCGGGGGAGAGAAACAGAGAACACGGCGGCGGAGGGUAUCAGCUCUGAUACUAUGCUGCCACCGUCGUUAGACCUGUUGAAGGCACUGAUGACCACAUCGUCGUCCUCACCUACAGCAAAGAGCAACUCUUCUUCUCGCUCUUCCACCUCAUCCUCAAGCAGGCGACAUAGCGUUGCCUCGUCCGAGAAAACAACAGACACAGAUCUGAGCCUCGGCGAGGACCACGUGGGCGCUGUGGGUGGCGACGAGACACCCAUCGCACCAGCAGCCACCCAACCUCCCGAGCGUCUCAGGGCACCGCUGGACAAACAUCACAGCCACAGUCCUGAACGAGAUCGCUACUAUGGAACUCCAGAGAUGCCUCGAGGCUCGGCAAAGCUACCACACAUCUCGGCCCAAAACCUGACUCCACGAGUGCCGAACCAGACGCAUCCCAAACACCUGCCUCGUGCUGAGAAGCUGCCACUCUCAGGCUACGAGCUGCUCGCCUCUACCAUCUCUUCAUCCUCCUCCUCCGCCGCGAAUCAGCGCUGCCGGGCGAGUGCUUAUCCCACCAGCGCAUCCUUCGGUCCGCCCCACAAGCAUGGCUCGAGGCGCAACAGUACGGCGAGUUUCGUCAGCGUCUUUCCAAGUGGUGGGACCGACGAGCAGGACCACGUGGCGAUCAAGCCCAUCUAUCGCAGGUUCGAGGCGCUCAAUCAUAGACUUCUCCUGCACCUGCAGGACGAACUGGGUGAGUUGGAAGAGCAGCUGCACCGGCUCGACACUACAGACACGCAAACGCGGCGGGUGCAGAACCAUAUCCUGCCGGCUAGCCGGAGGGCCGAGUUCCUGGCUGGUGGAGAGCUGCAGUGGCACAAGACGGAUAUUUUGGACAAGAUCGCCUUCAAGCUGGGGCAGUACAACCACGUCCUUACAUCCUUCACGGCGACGCGCGAUCUGCCUGCGCCCUCGCCCUCCGACAUCGACGACUAUCAGACUUACCUCGCCACACGCCAGCCCAUCUCCGAGGACGAGACGCGCUUCCUCGACUCAGCCGAGGACCUUGUUACCCUCGCCGCUAGCGAGGAGUGCUCACCUAUCAGCAGUAAUGGCUCUCCGCAUUCCUCUAUGCACCACGAGACGAGACCUGCAGCCCAGGAGUACCUCCAGUCUUUACAUCACAACACCACUAGUGAGGAGCCCACCGUUACGCCGAUACCCGGCACAAUGCACGGCAACUCAUGGCUUGUCCGCCACAACCGCCUCUCGAUAGGAAGCCGAAGCUCCUCCGGUAUCGACAGCGCGACAUCGAUCAGCCCGAGGUCCACCACCAGGCCGCAACCUCUGGAGCCAUUGAUCGCAUCCCAUCCGUCCGUCCUCUCGACCCAGCAGUUGAUGACCUCUGCUUCGCUCCCGCCGCAGCACCAUCGAGGGGUGAGCCGUGGUGUCAUGCAGGUUGACCCUAGUACGCUGACAACGGAGACAAGGAAGACGCCAGAGCCUGUUGUUCCUUCUCAAACGACAUCUGAUGCGGCGUUGACAAUGGCCGGCGCGGUACUGUUGCCCAUGUUGGGGUUCACAGUCAUUCCUGGCUUCGUCGGUCGCAUGGCUGUUGUCUUGCUUGUCGGCUUGUGGGCUUUCAACUCGAUGGCUGUGCUUGGUGUAUGGCGGGCUUUUGCUAGCCGUCAGGAUAUCGCUCGGGAUGUUGGUGCUUAUGUCGCUGUGAUGGCUGUUGUUGCUGGAUGUAUGGGCUGA